UUUUAAUGUCAGGUACAAACUGUCCUUGUUGGACCUGUUCAUUUACAUCCGUAUCAGUCACCAUGCAUGUUAAUACCAGAGCUGCCACUUCCACAUUUUAGUGAUGCCCCCCCUCCCUCUGUGUCCUGUUCAGCACCUGCUAGCUUUUUGCAAAAUGUUUACAUGUCCACUGAUAGGCUGCGAAUGGAGCGAUUUAUUUCCAAAUCAAACUAUCCAUGCUUGGUGAUUAAUUUGGUGCUUUCAGGUUUCUCUGUUAUUCCCACUUGAGUAGUUGUGUUUUCUCCAGAUUGCACCAAACUGCCUGCCGUUUUCUAAAUAUGGUUAUUUCCAUAUAGUCACCCCCGCUGAUGUGCUUUGCAUAUAUGAACUGUUCUCUUAUUUGUGAAGGAGGUUUUCCUUUAACAGAGCACAGCGCUACAACAUGAUGGAGAGGUUCCUGCUGGGUGCCUGGGUUAUAUCAGGUUGGGUUGUUCUCUCCUUAUGCUUGGAGCAUCAUUACCACUUUGUUAAUCAGAAUCUGAAUUGGACUGAGGCUAAGACCUACUGCAGAAAGCAUUACACGGACCUGGCAAGCAUCCGAAAUUCUGAAGACAUGAAGCAUUUCAUAAAAAAUGUUUCGUCUACUGGUUAUAGCUCUGAGAUUUGGAUUGGUCUGUACAGUGAGAUCGACUGGAUGUGGUCAGGUAAACCGGACAAGAGAAGCCCCGAGUACAGAAACUGGGAGACAUCCGAUGGCGAUCCUGACUUCAUUUCCGCCAGUCAGUUUUGUGUGUGCAUUGGAGACAGCGGAGGAUGGUGGGACUACAACUGUGAAACAAAAUUACCUUUUGUUUGUAAUAAAGGGACCUCGGGGAGAACUGAGUUUGUGCUGGUAAAUGAAAAAAUGAGUUGGUCCGAUGCUCAACGCUACUGUCAGGACAAAUUUGUAGAUCUGGCCAACAUAGGGAACAGCACAGAGAACCAACAAGUUCAGAAACUGGUGCCGACUGGAAACUGGGCAUGGACUGGUCUACAUAGAAAUGAAAAUAUUUACUGGUCUGAUCAGAGCAGCUUCGUGUUCCGCAACUGGGCUAACGUAUCAAAUCAAAUCGGCUCAAGGGAGGUCAUAUGUGGCGCUGUAGCUGAGACAAAACUGGCAACAUGGAGGUUUUUACCCUGUGAAGAUAAAAGGCCGUUUGUGUGUUAUAGGUUCACAGAGAAGGUAAUGAGGAGAGUAGUGAGGCUAGAGCUGAAGAUAGGCGACUCUUGGAAUCUGACUGACUCGAAUCUGAAAAACAAGCUCCUGAGGGAGCUCCACAAGAAGUUGCAGGAGAAUGCGCCACUGAAGUUUCUUGAGCAGCCCGACGGAAAAGUCUUCAAGGUCAAGAAAAAGACUGAACUCUAAAUUAUGCACCAUGGUUUCCCUCUCUUCUUUUGGGGAGGAUUUAGUCAAAUGUGACUCCUGUGAUGUGACGGACAUCUUGAUGUACAGUGAAGAGGACACCUUGGAUUGUCUUUUAAGGUCAUAUGUGCAGAGCGGAGCCGAACUUCUAUCUGCUAUGCCGAACUUUCAAGUUAUUCUUUUGAAAAUGAUGGCUGCUGCAUUUUCUACAUUAAUAACCCAGGGCUUUGUGAAACACAAAGUUCUAAAAUGUUAGUUUUAGAUGUGCAGCUCAGUAGGCGAAAAUACCAUCCAGAAAUGUAUUGAAUUUAGUAACACAAAAAAUUAAACUUACAUCAUAUAUACAUUAAAUACACACAGAGGAGUAUACAGUAUUUAAAAUGUUUAUUUGUGAUAAUUAUGGCUCACAAAAAGUAAAAACCUGUAUUUCAGUCUCUUGGGAAACUUGAAUGUUAAAGAAAUGUUUAUUACCGAAUGAAAAAAGUUUUAAAUGCAAAUAUCUCUGCCUUGUACUGUGCUGUUUAUGACCUCAGAGUUUGAUCAGGGCUCCUGUCCCAUGAAUUAGUUUCUUAUUGUUUUUUUUCUGUUUUUGUUAUACUUUGGAAACUGUUUGAAUGGGCUUCACUUCACUGUACUUUUAAGGCUAGAGAUAUUUUUUUUUUGUUGCUUUUGCACCAUUAAAAACUUUUUUUUCUUUCAAUAAACUUCUCAUUAUUAUGCUAAGAUACAGCCCCAUAAGGACUGCAAAACAUAAUGUUUCUGAAUUGAGAUAUAAUUUUUUUUCACCCAAGAGUCCUCAGAGAAACGGAAUAGUUUUUCCUUUUUGUUGU